UUGAACUUGGCCGAUCCUUGAUAUAGUCUCUCUCUUGGUGUGUGAAUGGAAACAGUGCCAUGUGGGCUAGUGUUGUCACCUGGAAUAGCGAUCAAAAACGAUUUCCUCAUGCAUGUGGAAAAAGCCUUUUUGAGUGCUAUUGAGCCGACCACGUACUUUAAGAGUGAUUUCAGAGCAGCGAUUUGUGAUCCUAGACAAACAAGGUCAACAACAUUCCAUGAAUCACCGAUCACAGGCAGCUUUGAAAGUGAUUGAAGAAAAUUGAAAAAGACGGAGUCUUCUAUUACUAUUGUUUGAGGAUUGAUUGAUUGAGACCAGAGUGAGUGAGUGGAAGGAAGUCCUUGGAAAGACGCCAAGAUGCCAACCAUCAUCAUCCGCCCAUUCAACGAUUGGAAGGACACCGUUCUUUCAGCUGACACGGUGGAUGAAUUGCGGGUGAAAUUCGUCACAUUCAUGGAAAACAUCAUCAAAGUGAUGCAGAAGAUUCAUAACGAAACGGGGAUUCUGGAUUACAUGGACGAUUUCCACCGCAUCAACAACUGCAUGGACAACUACGAGAACUACACCUUGGCUCCAGAAACCUCCGACCAAGAGGAGGACCCGCUUCAAACGUCGUCCAUACAAACACCGUCUUUGGAAAGCAAUGGAACUUCGGUCCAUUUUUGUCCUGUGAUCUUUGACAGCUGGAAUUGUUGGCGAGCUACCCGAGUCGGUCAAAUUCAGCAUCAAUCUUGUCCAAAUUUCCCACACCUCGGAUUUGACCCGGCCAGAAAUGCAUCCAAGUUCUGUACCGAGUAUGGAACUUGGUGGGUCCAUCCCCAAUCCAACAGAACGUGGUCCAAUUACACCAAAUGUGUCGAUCUCAAGGAUCUCUUGUUCCACCAAUCCGUGAACACCAUUACCAUGUCGGGUCUGGUUAUUUCUCUCUUGACCUUGCUCUUGUCAUUAUUCUUGUUCUUCUACUUUAAGAGCCUCAACUGUGGGAGGAUCAAGAUGCACAAGAACCUUUUUAUGGCCAUGGCCAGCAAUAAUAGUUGCUGGAUCAUUUGGUAUGUGUGCGUGAUCAAUAAUCCCGAAGUGGGACAGAAUAACCCGGUCUGGUGUCGUCUUUUACAUGUGGUGACCAACUAUUUUAUGCUGUCGACGUACACAUGGAUGCUGGGCGAAGGCGUCUACCUCCAACUCCUGCUCAUUAACACGUGGCGAGUGAAACGUUGGCAAAUUUGGACCAUCAUUGUCGGUUGCUGGUCUUUGCCCAUUUGUUCUAUUGUCCCCUACACUUGGUCGAGACUAGCUGAGCCCACGGAAAAUGCCAAUUGUUGGAUGGACACCACCGAUAGUAUUUGGUACCUGGGGGUUCUCGUUGUUCUUGUGAUGGUGGUUAAUCUGAUAUUUGUCAUCAAUGUCAUCCGAGUCAUCCGACGAAAGCGUGGUCAUCAGUCGGAAAACAGUAACGUGAACAGUAGUACAGCUACGACAAUGAAGGCUGCACGAGCCGCUUUGAUGUUGGUGCCCAUCCUUGGCCUUCAUUUUAUGUUGCUACCCAUGCGACCCAAGGAUGGUUCGGCCUUGGAGUAUGUGUAUGAAGUGGUCUCCUCGGUUACCUCCUCGUUCCAGGGUUUUAUGGUUUCGCUAUUGUUCUGUUUCCUCAACUCUGACGUUCUGGAGGCUAUCCGAAAGAAAUGUUUGCGAUCCUUCCGAGCUCGUUACGGAGGCAAUGAUGGAGGCCUCACGGGAGGGGCCUUCACACAUGGCCUUUUGGGCGGCAUGGGUGGAGGCGGAACGGCAGGAGGUGUGGGUGGUGGUGCUGGUGGAGGUAUAGGAGGUGUGGGAGGAGGUGGAGGUGGGCCUGGAGGCCUCGUGGUGAGUUAAGAAGAACCGUCUCAUCUCGCACUACUGCAUGACUCCUUCUCCAAACGUGGGGAUGAGCCGUUCCAUCAACUCAGGUCGCGCUAAACUCUUUGGCCGAAUUGGCCGGAGCUCUCCCACGUGCGCUUUUACCACCACCACCACCGAGCCUUUGGACACGGUAGUGCUCAAUUCGCAACAUGCUUCACCCUUGGGAAGCACCAAGAAUCAGCAACAUCAGUAUCAUCAUCAACAACAACGCUAUGAUCGGACUCAUUCUAAUUCGAUCUCGAGCUUUGCCAGUUCCAAUGGCACGAGUUGUAGCGGUAUCGGCGGAAAGACCCGCCGAUUCGCGCCCAAGCAGAGCGAGACCGUGUUGUAGAAAGAGUGAAUGCACGAGAGCAAAAAGUGAUGGCCCAUUAUCAGAUGGUACUAGAUGGAAGACAACUGAUAUGUAACCUUCACACCAAGGCUCAUCUGAGGAGAGCAGAACUUGCGGUCAAGGAAACGAGAGCGUGGUAACUUUUUUGAGGGAGACGACCUCGAUUGUCAGUCUUUCGGGGGGGAGCGGAUGAAUCUGAAACCAUCGCUCUAGCUCAAAAUGAGGCGGAUGGCCACGUGUUUUGCGUAACAUAAGACGUAUGAGGAUUGUUCCAAGAUGGAUGUUUAUCUUGUUGUUUUGUUAUGUGAAUAAAUCAAGAUGUAGCACGUG